AGACGAUGAGGAGAGAGAGAACAUUGUUGGUGGUACUGCUACUUAUUCUACUCCACCAUAUUUCUGCUACCAAGGACCACCAAGAACACCGUUGUCCACCUUCUUCUUGUGGCAACAUCCCCAACAUCACUUAUCCAUUUCGAUUACAAGGCGACCCAGAGAAUUGUGGUGACGAAAGGUAUGAGCUUGGUUGUGAAAAUAAUGUUACGGUGUUGUAUCUGUACUCUGCAAAAUACCAUGUUCAGGCAAUAAACUACGACAACUACACCGUGAGAGUGGUUGACCCUGCACUUCAACAUCACAACUGCUCCUCCCUUCCUAUCCGUUCUCUCUCUCGCUCCAAUUUCUCUGAUACUUACACUGACUCCGCGGAUCUAUACCAAGCCAGUCUAUAUCUGUAUCUAAAUUGGGAAUCACUGAAUUUCGAGCACAUAGUGUUUCUGAACUGUAACCAUUCAGUGAGAGAGAAUGAGAAGUAUGUGGAGAGUGGUGAGUGCGUGAAGUGGGACUCAAAGGGCUAUGCAUAUGCAGUGGGUGGAGACCUAAAAGCAGAGGACUUAGAAGUUGGGUGUGACGUGAAGCUUGUUGCUCCCACAUCGUUCAAGACUUUCAAUAAACAUUCAUACGCUGCCAUUCACAGGGCUCUCGCCUAUGGAUUUGAGAUCUUUUGGGUAAACCUCGCCUGUCAGAAUCAUUGUCCUAAUAAAGAAUUUUGCGAUUUUGACUCUUCUAGCCAGAAGCUUCUUUGUUAUCCAUUAUAUGAAGAAUCCUUAUUACAGUGGUUAAAGAUAUUAGCUGGGUUACCUUUAGAGUGGUUAGCUGAGUUAACGAGAUUACAAUGGUCACCGGCGUUACCUGGUCAAUCCCAUGGGCCCCUUCAAGAUGCUUCCUUGGAUGCUGAUCCAGUACAAGCUCUAGAACCAGAACUCGCUCCUUUACGAUGCAGUUCACGCAUUGGUAAGCCCCCAGAAAGGUAUAUCUGUUCCAUGAUAGAAACAUUAUCAUCUAUUCUUAUUCCUUCUUCUUAUAAACAGGCAUUGCAGAAUGAAUGUUGGAAGAAAGCUAUUGAAAGUGAACUUCUCGCCUUGGAAGAAAAUCAGACAUGGGAUAUAGUGCCAUGUCCUCCAUAUGUUAAACCUUUAGGCAGCAAGUUUGUGUUCUCCAUAAAGCUGCAUUCGGAUGGCUCCAUAAAUCGGUACAAGGCGUGA